AUGAGUUUUUUCGGAUUCGGACAGACGGCAGAUAUCGAAAUCGUGUUCGAUGAUGCUGACAAACGUAAGGUUGCUGAAGUGAAAACGGAUGAUGGAAAAAAGGAAAAGUUGUUGCUCUACUAUGAUGGGGAAACUGUAUCCGGACGAGUUAAUGUAACUUUACGAAAACCCGGUUCAAAAUUGGAACAUCAAGGAAUUAAGGUAGAGCUCAUAGGUCAAAUCGAGUUAUUCUAUGAUAGAGGUAAUCACCAUGAAUUUAUAUCAUUGGUUAAGGAACUAGCAAGGCCUGGAGACUUGCUUCAACAUACAUCGUAUCCGUUUGAAUUUGCAAAUGUUGAAAAACCAUAUGAAGUGUAUACAGGUGCUAAUGUCAGACUAAGGUAUUUCCUUCGAGCUACAAUUGUUCGUCGUCUUACGGAUAUUGUAAAAGAAGUGGACAUUGCUGUCCAUACUCUGUGCAGUUACCCUGAUGUUUUAAAUUCAAUUAAAAUGGAAGUGGGUAUAGAAGAUUGCUUACACAUAGAAUUUGAAUAUAACAAAUCAAAAUAUCACUUGAAGGAUGUCAUUGUAGGUAAAAUUUACUUUUUAUUGGUGCGCAUUAAAAUUAAACACAUGGAAAUAUCCAUUAUUAAAAGAGAAACAACAGGUUCUGGACCUAAUACAUUUACGGAAAAUGAAACUGUGGCAAAGUAUGAAAUCAUGGAUGGCGCUCCAGUAAGAGGAGAGAGUAUUCCAAUUAGGGUAUUUUUGGCUGGAUAUGAUUUAACACCUACAAUGAGAGAUAUAAACAAUAAAUUUUCAGUUAGGUAUUAUCUGAACCUUGUUUUGAUGGAUACAGAGGAUCGUCGCUACUUUAAACAGCAGGAAGUCACUCUAUGGAGGAAGAGUGAUAAAUCUAGAUUGCCAUUACACAAUCCACACCACCCUCAGACAUUGUCUCAUCCAUCAAGCACCCAUGCACAUAGGCAGCACAGUGUUUCAAGUGAAGAAAAUUCAGCUCAAGGUGUAUCUCCAUCUAUUCCAGAGAAUUCACUUCAGAGGUCUAUUUCUCCACCCAUGCCUGACAUUAACAAACAAAAUGGACCAACUGAAAUGGAACAAGAAAGCCCUGAUAUAAUAUCUAACCAGUUAUCUAAUACACACAUUGAAAAUAAUGAUGUAACAAAGUCAGUUGUUGAUGUUGUUGAAAAUUCUGAUACUCCCCCAGAAAAAGUUAUAAAUAAACCACAAACUGUGGAAAAACCACAGGUUGCUGUAAAGCAACAGACUGUUGAAAAACCACAAGUUGCAGAAAAACCACAGAUUGCUGAAAAGCCACAACUUGCAGAAAAGCCAAUAGUAGCAGAAAAACCACAGUUAGCAGAGAAACCUGUUGCAAACCAGUCUGAAAGUGUAGAAGCAAGUUCCAGUCAAUAA